CUUUCCCUGGGCAGGGUUCAGCCUGAGCAGAUAUUUCGGGUUUGUGGAAGACAAGGGAAGAAGAAAGAGGAGGAAAAGACAUUGUUACAGAGAAAGAAAGGGAUAGACGCCUGCAUCCAUAGUCUCCAUGGUAACUAUCUGCUAAACUGGUCAAGAUCCAUGAAAUGGCUGAAGAUGUCUGUGGAUUCUGAGAACUCCUUUGUUCUGCUGUCGUCCCGAGAAUCCAGGACUUCCUGUAUCUUUCAGACUGCUGAUGAGAGGGAUGAAAUCCCAGGAGUGGGAGAGGAGAGUGUUCUUGAGAUGCUGAGUUAUUCCAAGUUCUUGGACCUGGAAACAUGGCUGUGUAUGCCGUCCUCCCUGCUGCUGUCCAGGCCUCUGGACUUCACCCACACCUCCUCCUCCUGCUCCACCCUAUCCUCCUCACAUGCUUCCAACCACUCCUCCAACUCACCAACGAUGUCUUCUUCAUCCUCUGUGGCCUCCAUUUCUCGGCAUUCUAUCUGCAGCGAACCGGGAGAAACCCUGCUCAGGUCCUUGGAGAGAGAUUCCUCCUUCCUUACACCUGCCCUUGGAAAGGAGGCAGCAUUCCUGUCCACGCCGCUCCUUCCCAUCCUCUCCUCUACCCCUGCUGCUUCUUCAGAGAUGAGCUCACCGCCAACAACGGGAGACUCCACCUCGAGCAGCUGCAUCAGCGUCAGGAAGCGGCGCCGACUUGCUGCCAGUCCUGGAGGACUCCAUUGGAACUCUGAAGGUUCCGUGCAGCGCGACUUCUGGUCACCUGAUCCUCCUUCUGGAUUGGCAGCAGGUGGAGCCAGAGGAACAGGGCUGAGUGGGAGGAGACUCCCUCUGGGUCAGACGGACAGGGUGACACCUGUGUGGACAGCAGGUGAUCGGGCAGCUCUGAGGAAAACUUUGUCAGCCGAUGAUCAGCUGCUGAGGCUGGCGGGUGGAGAAGUAAAGCUGCUGAACCGGCUGGAGAGAGGUCGAAAGAAGCUGCGCAACAUCCAUAGCCUAGGAACACCGGGACGAUACGACAGCAGGAAAAAGUCGGACAGUAAGAUCUCCCGCUUGGCUCAGAGGUGGAACAACAGGCCGGCAAGAGAUGCUCUGAUCCAAGAUCUGGAGCCCCUGUAUCCCACAGGAAUCUGUCGAUCCUCACUCAGCCUGGACAGACAUCUCCCAGGUGUUAUGACCCAACAGAUGCAGAACCUGCAGCUGUCCCAGACCAGGAAGUGUCCCGGUGGGCCGGCCUCACCCAGCGCCGCCAAGCGCCUCUACAGGAACCUAUCAGAAAAGUUGCGAGGAAGCACCUCAUCCUUUGAAGAUGCUUACUUCUUUGGAAAAACGGACCGCCUCCGGAAAGCCUCGACCAUGCAGGGCAGCGACUGCAUCUUUGAGGCUGUGGAGCAGCAGGAUCUGGACACUGUGCAGAUUCUACUUUAUCAGUUUUCUGCUGAGGAACUGGACCUGAACACACCCAACAGCCAGGGCCUGACCCCGCUCGACAUCGCCGUCAUGACCAACAACACACCUAUUGCCAAGCUGCUGCUGAAGGCUGGCGGAAAGGAGAGUCCACACUUUGUGAGUGCGGAGAGCCGUGACGCUCACUUGAGCGCCCUGGUGGAGGAGGCAGAGCGACGGGCAGCUGACCUGGCAGCUCAGGCUCAGAGGGACGGCCUGUCGCUCGAGGCCUGCCACAAAGACAAGCAGCUGAGGACAUGGGAGUGGAGGAGCAAGCUAUACAAGCGCAUGAGGACAGGCUUCCAGCAUGCACGUACCCCAGAGGCCCCGAUCAUGGUUAGAUUGAGCGUGAGUAGCAGCACCACGCUAACCGUCACCUUCCAGGAGCCACAGUGUCUAAACUCCACAUUAGUGACCAAGUACAGAGUGGAGUGGAGCUGCCUGAAGGAUUUCUCGCUGCUCGCCGGUGAGAUGGUGCUGGAUAAUCUGCAGAGCCUCAAAUGCACCAUCAGCAGCCUCUCCACGGGUCGGCUUUACUACGUCCGAGUGUCGGCGUACAACAUGAAGGGCUGGGGUCCGCCUGCAUCGUCCCUGCCUCCAUCUGCCAUUCCAUCCAACUGGAGGGAGAGCGACGGCCGUGAGCCUAGGAGGCGGGGUCACAUCGAGGCUAUGGAGCGUCUGCUGCAGCAGGUCCGAGCAACACACACACACUACUGCUGUGGAGACUCAUUGAAACUACAGAACCCAAGCAGGAAGCAGUCGGUCUCCAGAAGCAUCAAACACCUCUUUAACUCCUCAAACAAGUUUGUAAAGACACUAAAAAGGGGGAUCUACCUGGCUGCUGUCUUCUACCAUAAAGACAGUUUACUGGUGACUGCGGAGGAGCAGAUUCCCAUCGUGGAAGUGGAUGAUUCCUACAGCAGCUCGCUCAUGCAGGACUUCCUGUGGUUCACGAAGCUGUCCUGUAUGUGGGAGGACGUCCGGUGGCUGAGACAGAGUAUGUCUGUGUCCAUGUCUUCUGCAUCCACUCUGCAAGCCCGUCACAAGAUGCUCACUGCUGCUGCCCAGCUGCAGAGCCUUCUGGGAACCCACAACCUGGGUCGGAUCCACUACGAGCCCAUCAAGGAUCGCCAUGGCAACGUGCUGCUAGUGACAAUUCGCGACACUGAGAGCCAGCACUCGCUGUUUAGUGGGAGGUGGAUGCAGGUGACCAAACUGCAGAGCCAGAGGAAGUCCCUCUCCACGCCGGAGGAGCCAUAUGCAUUGGACAUCCUCAUCAUCACCAUGCAGGACAUCCUGGCAUACCAGCGGCGCAGUACCCACCGCCUUGCCCCUGGCCUCUAUCUGGGCUACCUAAAGCUCAGCAGCUCUGUGGACCAGAUCAAAGUCCUGGUAUCCCAGCGGACCCCCAAUAUGCUGUGCCACACACGGAUCCGGGACAACGCCAACGUAUCCAGGGAGGAGUGGGAUUGGAUCCAAACGCUUGCGGCUGCAGGUGAGAAACGACGCAGCGAGGAAGACGGCGAGGAAGCAGAGCAACGGGCAGAAAGUAACGCCCCUCUACUGUACUACGAGCUGCAGACAGCCAUAAAGUCACUGCUGAAGCACAUCAACAUCCCCCUGCACCAGGCCCGUCACUUCCGUCUCUACAGUCAAGAAGUGGUGGAGAUCGGCCAUGGCGUAACUUUCCUGUUGCUGCUGCCCCCUGCUGAUGAUGUUUGCUCUGCCCCCGGACAGUCCAACCCCUAUAGCCCCCUGUCAGGGUUCCUGCACCUCCCGCUGCAGAUGUUUGAGCUUGUACACUUCUGCACCUACAAGGAGAAGUUCAUCAGUCUCUACUGCCGCCUGUCCUCCGUCCUGGACCUGGACGCACUCAUUACCCAACAGGCACUGCGGGAGGCUAUCACGGACGGCGAGGUGACAACCGCCAGAUCCCGACACCAGCUCAUCCUGGACUACAUUCAGCAGCUGGAUGAGAAACGACGUGACCUCCGCUGGAUCACAGACGCCCUGCAGUACGCACGCUACAAGCAACCUCGCGGUGGCGUAAUCAUCACCUGCUUGGUGGACACGAAUGCUCCAGAGGGUGAUUCUGGACAGCAGAAGACCGAUUCCACCUCCUCCACAAUGGACUAUGUGCCUACACCUUCUCCAUCACCAGAGCUUCGGCGGAGAAAGGCCAUCAGUGACUCUCUGCUCGGAUCUGAUGAGGACGGCUCUUCUGAAGUGUUCCUGCCGACCGACAGUGAUUAUGACUCCAGUGAUGCCCUAAGCCCCCGAGAAAUGGACCUGCUCUACUCUCCAGCCUCGGAUCUGUCCCAGCAGGUCAUGCACUCACUGGGUGGCAGCGCCCCCGACGUCCUGCAGAUCCACGAGCUCAGGUACAGUGUUUGCUCACCAACAGACCACCCCGUCUCCACUCCCAGGAAGGACCCUCUCCUACCAAUCUCCACUCCUCCAUCCACAGACCUACAACUCCCCACCUCACCUCAGCCCCCACCUCGCUCCAGGACCUUGCCCACAUCUCCGUCCCUCCCCUUGUCACCCAGGUUCUACAAAGAUCUGCCCUCGUCCCUCUCCCUGUCCCCGACUCUAACGGACACCACCAAGACUUUUGAAGGCCUCUCACUCACUAAGGAGGGGCCAGCUCCUCUAAGGGGCCUCACCAAUCCACCCGCCAAACGCAAGCUACUCUCUAGGAGCCACCGGGGGCAAUAUUUCAGCGGGCCCCAGCGCUGGCUCCGAGGUCACUGUGGGGAGAGUCUCACCGGGUCCCUAUCUGAGGGCGUGUACACCAAGCAGCUGGACGCCGAUCUAACUCCACUGGGGGACCCACCCUCGCCACAGGACCACAUCUACAUCAGCCACGCCUCCUGCGUCCUGGAGAGCCAUAAAGCCCGACACCGGGAGCCACGGCCCCAUGUUCGUAGGAUUUUUGUUGAACCCUGCAAGGAUAUGUCACCAAACAGGGAGGAGAGGACAGUGAUGGCUGCAGGAGUUUCUGUGGUUGUAGCACAGGCAGAGUCUGGAGACGAGGGGGAGGAGCCAGAGGGAGCCACCGCCCAGGAAGUUGACUCAGAUGACCAAACGAAUGCGCAGAUCUCAGAGAUCCUCAGCAGCACACUAUCUGAGGAAGACCGCCUGCUUCCAGCAAGGAUUCCCUUCUUCUCCUUCAGUGUCAUGUCAAAGCUGUACGAUGCAACAAAACCUUCAACCAGUUUAUGGCUUAUUGUAUUAGAUCUAAAGGUCAGAACCUCACUAUAAUCACUCCAUCAAAAUCAGCUCAGAUUGGAUCAUUAAACCCCUCUAUCUAAGGUUCCUCACAGACUUUUCUCCAAAGAAAACCAAGGAUUAGAGUCACGUUUAGUAACAUCUAAACAAAGUCAGCAUGUAGAGCUGAUGUUCACAAAUGAUGGACUCAGCAAGAAGUGAAAUGAUGAAAUCACAAACACCUCCCUGAGAGGAGGAACACAUGGAAACAUACAGAGAAAUGUCCCGAGGCUUUCACACAUACAGAACAGACCAAAGGUUUGGACACACCUUCUCAUUCAGAGAGUUUUCUUUAUUUUCAUGACUAUGAAUAUUGUAGCUUCA